AUGGCCCCUCCCCCUGCCUUUUCCGCCCCCAUCUUUGUCUUCUGCCUGCUGACUCUCAGCCCCACGGACUCCCUCGAGCCGGCCCCGGGGCUCAGCAACAGCUUCCAGAGCCAGGAUCCGUGGGCCUCCCAGCCGCGAGCCGUGACCCACCACCGUAGACACAGCCUCCUGAGGCGGGAGUGGGCCCACCGUGGGAUGCCAGCCCGAGCCAGGGUCUCCGGAGAGGCCGGCCUGCGGCACCUGGGCAGAUCUGGGUCGAUGGACCAGCCGGCCGGCCUCCGGCAGAAGGACAUCUUCUUGGGCUUCGCCUUCCCGUAUCCUGAGCAGCAGGAGAACCACGCUCCCGGAUCAGAAAGGGGGAAGAAGCAGAACCGCGAGCUCCGACGACACAGCCGCAGGGACCGACUGAGGCAGCACCGAGGCAAAGGCCCUGAUCCGGGGCCAAGCGCACUGUAUAAAAAGCCUGAGAACUUUGAGGAGCAAUUUCAGGCACUCCAGACAGAAGGUUCUCCUACAGGACCGGCUCCCACCUCCCUCCUUGGCUCCACGUCAAAUAUAUCAACUGAGGAGCCGCCCACUCUCCAAGCUACAUCCCCCCGGCCUCGGGUCCGUGCCAGGCAAGAGGGGGACGUGAUGCCCACCCUGGACAUGACUCUCUUCGACUGGACAGAUUACGAAGAUCUCCGGCUAGAUAUGUGGCCCUCGUCCCAGAAGAAAGAGAAACAGCAGAGUAAGGCCGGUGGGAACGAAACCACGCCCGCGGAAGGGGAGCCCUGCGACCACCAUCUCGACUGCCUCCCAGGCUGCUGCUGCGAUUUGAGGGAGCAUCUCUGCAAGCCCCACAAUCGCGGCCUGAACAACAAAUGUUAUGACGACUGCAUGUGUGCAGAAGGUCUGCGCUGUUACGCCAAAUUCCACCGCAACCGGAGGGUGACCCGGCGAAAAGGCCGCUGCGUGGAGCCAGAGUCCGCGGAUGGAGAUCAAGGAUCGUUUAUUAAUGUCUAG